CGCGUUCGCGCGGCGUAGGUGGAGCUAGAAGCCGCCUUAGGGGGUUAUAGGGCGACAGCGCGGCCGCCAUUUUGUAGGGUGUUUGUCGCAGCGCCUGGGCUGGCACUACGGCGGUUUGGCGAUAUUUCUCGGCCAAAAGGCCUUUUGCUUUUGCGGAGAUGCGGCAUUCCAAACGAACUCACUGCCCUGAUUGGGAUAGCAGAGAAAGCUGGGAACAUGAAAGCUACAGUGGAAGUCACAAACGGAAGAGGAGAUCUCACAGUAGUACACAGGAGAACAGGCACUGUAAACCCUAUCAUCAUUUUAAAGAUGCCGAUUGUCAUUAUUUAGAAGCAAGGUCUUUGAAUGAGAGAGAUUACCGGGAUCGGAGAUACGUUGAUGAAUACAGAAAUGACUACUGUGAAGGAUAUGUUCCUAGACAUUAUCAUAGAGACAUUGAAAGCACUUACCGAAUUCACUGCAGUAAAUCCUCGGUUCGAAGCAGGAGAAGCAGUCCUAAAAGGAAGCGUAAUAGACACUGUUCAAGUCACCAGUCACAUUCGAAGAGCCACCGAAGGAAAAGAUCCAGGAGUAUAGAGGAUGAUGAGGAGGGUCACCUGAUCUGUCAAAGUGGAGACGUUCUAAGAGCAAGAUAUGAAAUUGUGGACACUUUGGGUGAAGGGGCCUUUGGCAAAGUUGUAGAGUGCAUUGAUCAUGCCAUGGAUGGCUUACAUGUAGCAGUGAAAAUUGUAAAAAAUGUAGGCCGUUAUCGUGAAGCAGCACGUUCAGAAAUCCAAGUAUUGGAACAUUUAAAUAGUACUGAUCCUAAUAGUGUCUUCCGAUGUGUCCAGAUGCUAGAAUGGUUUGAUCAUCAUGGUCAUGUUUGUAUUGUGUUUGAACUGCUGGGACUUAGUACCUAUGAUUUCAUUAAAGAAAACAGCUUUCUGCCCUUUCAAAUUGAUCACAUCAGGCAGAUGGCCUAUCAGAUCUGCCAAUCAAUUAAUUUUUUACAUCAUAAUAAAUUAACCCAUACAGAUCUGAAACCUGAAAAUAUACUAUUUGUGAAAUCUGACUAUGUAGUCAAAUAUAAUUCUAAAAUGAAACGUGAUGAGCGAACACUGAAGAACACAGAUAUCAAGGUUGUGGACUUUGGAAGUGCGACAUAUGAUGAUGAACACCAUAGUACUUUGGUAUCCACACGGCACUACAGAGCUCCAGAGGUCAUUUUGGCUUUAGGUUGGUCUCAGCCUUGUGAUGUUUGGAGCAUUGGUUGCAUUCUUAUUGAAUAUUACCUUGGGUUCACGGUCUUUCAGACUCAUGAUAGUAAAGAACAUCUGGCAAUGAUGGAACGGAUAUUAGGACCCAUACCAACACACAUGAUUCAGAAAACAAGAAAACGCAAGUAUUUUCACCAUAACCAGCUUGACUGGGAUGAACACAGUUCUGCUGGGAGAUAUGUCAGGAGACGCUGCAAACCGUUAAAGGAGUUCAUGCUCUCUCAUGAUGAAGAACAUGAGAAGUUAUUUGACCUGGUUCGAAAAAUGCUGGAAUAUGAACCAACCAAAAGAAUUACCUUGGAUGAAGCCUUGCAGCACCCUUUCUUUGACUUAUUAAAAAAGAAGUGAAAUGGAAAUUGGUGGUCUUACUAUAUACUUCUCUAGAAGAGAUUACUUUAAGACUGUGUCAGUCAACUAAACAUUCUAAUAUUUUUGUAAACGUUAAAUUAUUUUGUACAGUUAAGUGUAAAUACUGUAUGUUUUAUAUCAAUAGCGUAAUUACCUUAAGUAUGAUCUUGAUAAUGAAGUUAAAAUUAAUUUUCCUUUUUGACAUUAGUUACCAUUUUUAAAGGCAUUUGGUAUAUCCUUUGUGUCCAAUGAUAAAUGUGUUUGAUCUUGUCUUUUGUACAUGGAGGUCAACUCUGAAGUGAUUUUUUUUUCCCAAGUAAAAAGGAAAUCUUGGCUACUUA